AUGUUAGGUGUAGUUCAGGAACUCAUUGAGAGUGGGGCUACAAUAGAUGUUCAUGAUAAUCAACAAUGCACUCCUUUGGAUCUUGCAACAUCUUUGGGAUAUAUUCCGAUAAUGAAAACUCUUAUUCAGGCAAAUGCAAAUAUGCAUAAUAAUCAUACUUUUGGCAAUAUAGGUGCUCAUGAUGCAGCAAUCGAUGGGGAACGUAAUGUCAUCACAGUUCUGUUAGAGUCAGGGUUUGAUGGGCAAAUGUCCAAUGACAAAGGCAACAUGGGUCGCACACCAAUACCAGAGCGUGUUGAAUCUAACGAUGUUAGCAUAGUUCAGGAACUCAUUGAGAGUGGGGCUACAAUAGAUGUUCAUGAUAAUCAACACUGCACUCCGGUUUGGAUUUUGCAACAUCUUUUGGGAUAUAUUCCGAUAAUGAAAACUCUUAUUCAAGCAAAUGCAGAUAUGCAUAAUAAUCAUACUUUUGGCAAUAUAGGUGCUCAUGAUGCAGCAAUCGAUGGGGAACGUGAUGCCAUCACAGUUCUGUUAGAGUCAGGGUUUGAUGUAAACUGCAAAAAUAAAGAAGGAAGUACAAUGCUUCAUUUAGCAGCUGGGAAAAUGGGCACAGAGAAUUAG